CUGUUACAGUUCUUGCUCAGAAGAGUCACAUCCUUCGCUUUCAAGGGAGAGCUCAGAAACAGUGGGCUCCGAUUUUGGGCUUGGCAGGUUGAAACUAGAAGAGGAUAUCUCGAGGCCAUGUCCUCCUUUUUCGGCACCACCACAUCUGAUUGAGUUCGCGCGGAAUCUCGGUUAUUCUGAGGAACGCUUAGUCGCAGUUUUGAAAAAGAUCGGAUGUGAUGCUGGCCAGGACCGUAUCCUAGCAGAGCUUGUCCAAAUGGGACUUCUAAAGCAACUCUCUGAAGUGAAGGUAAAUCCAAUUUUCAUCACAUUUCCAGCAAAUGGUUCUUGCUCAGAAGAGUCACAUCCUUCGCUUUCAAGAGAGAGCUCAGAGACAGUGGGCUCCGAUUUUGGGCUGGGCAGGUUGAAACUAGAAGAGGAUAUCCCGAGGUCAUGUCCUCCUUUUUCGGCACCACCACAUCUGAUUGAGUUCGCGCGGAAUCUCGGUUAUUCUGAGGAACGACUAGUCGCAGUAUUGAAAAAGAUCGGGUGUGAUGCUGGCCAGGAUCGUAUCCUAGCAGAGCUUGUCCAAAUGGGUCGAGGCUGCACAGAGCAGCCAGAGAGCAUUGCCUAUGUCACAACACCCCCCUCCACACUAAGGCCAAUUGUUAUCGAUGGCUCUAACAUUGCUAUGACGUUAGUUUACUUAUGCCAUGUUUAA